AGUGAAGCUUGUGCCUAUGUUAAGUAGUUUACACUAUACCUAAAGUUUAUGUGGUUCUUUAACUCCUUUAAGUCGCAAUCACCAAUAAUGGCAUCUGAAGACUUGAGGAGGUUGCGAGCUGCAAGAGGUUACACCAAGGCCUCAAUCACUCGUCUCUUCAACUUUAGCAAUAAUGAGAAUGAUGUUGGCCUUAGUGCAAUUUCUGACUUGGAAACGAAGCGCGCCAGGAUAGAAGAGUUAUUCAAAGAUUACGAGCAAUGUAAUAAGGAGAUUUUAGCCUUAGACGAAGCGGACGCGGAGGAUGUGGAGGACUAUGAGGCAAAAUACUACAACAUUCUCACUAUCCUCAAUGAGGCUAUAAAAAACAAGUCGUCCUCGUCUGAUGCGCCCUCGUCUGACGCUCCCGCGUCUUCCUGCAAAAAGGCUAAACUGCCUACUAUAAAAAUUGAAACUUUCACUGGUAAGUAUAGUGAAUAUACAGGUUUUAUUAACUUGUUUAAGGCAAUAAUACACAACGAUAGAUCAAUUGACAAUGUCCAAAAAUUGUACUAUUUGCGCUCAUUUCUCGCAAAUGAACCCUUUGACUUGAUUAAGAACCUGCCUCUAGCUGAAGGCAGCUACGAGGAGGCUCUUAAGCUUUUAGAGGAGAGGUAUAACCAUAAGUUCAAAAUUGUAAAUGAACACAUUAAUGCCUUGCUUGAUAUAAAUGCCUUGGUCAAAUCAAACCCUGCAAAUUUAAGACAGUUUGUGUCAUGCAUCAAACAAUCUUUAUCUGCAUUAAAGAAUUUAAAUGUAAGUACAGAUAAUUGGAAUCCUAUUAUAUUGGCUAUUUUGUACCGUAAAUUAGACAUCUACACGUCACGGGCAUACCAAUUGGAGCGUGAUGACACUGAGGAGCCCACAGUCACCGAGUUCCUGCUGUACUUGGAGAAACGCGCCUUAGCACUGGAGAAUGCUGAGCCGUCGCCCACACCCGGGAAGUCUCACCACAAGGCAGUGGUCCUCCUUCUGGAGCCAGUUCCGGGUCAGCAGGAGCGGUCUGCGCAGCCUGUUGAAGACCCAGCCAGUCUACACCCGACGGUUGUAAAUACAAAGUUUGGCUACAUCAUAGGUGGGGCUUUACCACGACAACAAACCAGUGACAAAUGUAAGAAUGAAAGCUCAGUGUGCAAAACAGCUGAUGGGUUCUUUGCCACCUGA